CUUUCAUCUCCUUGUUUUCUAAAUGUCUCUCACUUCCUAUUCUCCCUCCAUUUCCUUUUCCACCAAUGGCCAACCUGUGGCGCGCCGCGGUUGGCCUCGCAACCAAUCCGGCAAAGGCGGACCACGACGCUGUCGAGUUCUGGUUGAACCCUGAGCGAACCGGCUGGCUAACAAAGCAGGGAGAGUACAUCAAAACGUGGCGCCGUCGCUGGUUCGUCCUCAAGCAAGGGAAGCUUUUCUGGUUCAAGGACUCAACCGUCACGCGCGCGUCAAAGCCACGCGGCGUCAUUCCCGUCGCGUCUUACCUUACCGUUAAGGGCGCGGAGGACGCGAUCAACAAGCCUUGCGCGUUCGAGCUAUCCUCGCGCUACGAGACGAUGUACUUCAUCGCCGAUUCGGAGAAGGAGAAGGAGGAUUGGAUCAACUCUAUUGGUCGCUCCAUUGUUCAGCAUUCUAGAUCCGUCACUGACAAUGAGAUCGUCGAUUACGACAAGCGAUGAUUCCUCACGCGCCGGCAUUCUGUUUCGGUAAAUCGACAAAUCAAACCUCUCUUUUGCCCUUUUCUAUUUGUGUAUAUUAAUCAAUCGUGUUGAAUUGUUAUCUCACAUUACUGUAAUUGAAGAGAACGAACAUAUAAUGAUAUAGUUUCUUAUAUAAACCAAGAUUGAUGGUAAUAA